GAUCCAAUAUCCCAUCUACUGAGAUGUGGCACCUCAAACUCUUUGCAGUACUCCUGGUCUGCCUGUUUCUGUUAGGCCAGGUACAUGACUCCCCAAUACCAGAACUGAGUUCAGCAAAGAGAAGGCUGAGGAGAAUGACCCCAUUUUGGAGAGGGGUUUCCCUCAGGCCCAUUGGAGCCUCCUGUCGGGAUGAUUCUGAAUGUAUCACAAGGCUAUGCAGAAAAAGACGCUGUUCCCUAAGUGUGGCCCAGGAAUGAUGUAUACACCAGGGGAAAAGAGGACAGCACUUACCUACAACAAUGCUCCGUUCUAUGGAAUAUUGAUUAACUGCAUUUGGUUGGAGGCACUUAAGUGAAGCAAUGUUGUGUUUUUAAAUGUUUAAAGACAGGUGUAUGCUUUAAAUUGGUCUCCGUUUCUUCUUGGAAUGUUGAUAUGCAGAUAAGCAUAACUAAACUUGUCAACUUAAGAGUUUAUUUUUCUAUGUAUACUAUUAAAUGUCUCAAACUGA